GCAACUAAGAACUCCCAGUUUGAAGAAAUCUUAAGCCAACAUUAGAUAUUACCAGUAAAAAAAAAGUAUAUUAUUUAAUCUCAGGAUCAAAUUCCCUGUUUCCAAAUUUUGAGGAAAGAUCAAAUUUUGAUGGGGGAUUCGACAAGCUUGGAGUUGCAAGAAUCAGGGUGGGAAGAACUGAGGAAAGAGGCGCGAAAGAUCGAAGGGGAUCUCGACGUCAAGCUCUCCUCCUACGCCAAGCUAGGCACUCGAUUCACUCAAUCUCCGGGUUAUGUGGACAGUGGAUCACUAAAUGUUGGUCCCAGUAGAUCAUGGAAGUCCAUGGAAAUGGAAAUAGAGUCCUCACUAGAGAAGCUGCUCGAUAUUAAUGAUUCCAUGAGCCGAUGUGCUGCAACAGCAUCUGCCACAAGUUCUAUUAAUCAAAAACUUGCAAGGCAUAGGGACAUACUUCAUGAAUAUACACAGGAGUUUAGACGAACAAAAGGAAACUUGAACUCCAUGAGAGAGCAUGCCGAACUUCUUAACUCUGUUCGCGAUGCUAUCAGUGAGUCCAAGGCAUCUGGAAGUAUGUCGCCUAGAAUGCAGUUAUUGAGAGAAAGAGCUUCAGUCCACGGGAGCACAAGUCAUAUUGAUGAAGUGAUAGGUCAGGCUCAAGCUACAAGAUCAGUCCUGGGAGCACAAAGGGCUUUGUUCGGCGAUGUUCAGGGAAAAGUCAAGCAUCUGGGCGAAAAAUUUCCUAUUAUUCGAGGCCUCCUUGGAGCGAUAAGAAGAAAGCGUUCGAGGGACACACUCAUCCUCUCUGCAGUCAUAGCAGCCUGCACAUUGUUCCUCAUCAUUUAUUGGCUCUCAAAAUAGUCCAUUUUGAUCCUCAAACUGAAAAACUGCUCAUGAGUUUUUUUUUUUUUUUUUUUUUUUUUUUUACUAUGAAGUUGUGGGUUCAAUUUGCCGAGUGUUGUGAUCUCGUAGUUGGAAGAGGAAAAAGGACAAGGGAAGAGGAAAAAGGUUGCGGGUUUUCUUUUGGCUUUGUUUUCUAGUCUACUCACUUUAUGUACAGAAUCUGGAAGAGGUUUUUAUAUCAAGGAUGAUUUAUUGUUUAAUUUGAAUUAUGACUUGGGUUUAAUGUAA